AUGUCGCUCUUUCCGAUCCCACCCCGCCACAUAUUCCCCCUCUUCGUAAUGACUUCUACAACCCUAAUGUCAUUUCCCGCCUACUUCAACACCCCUUAUGCUAUCAACACACUUUUUGGACUCCCCCAGCGCAUUGCAAACUCUCCACAUGCCCAAUCUCCCUUCAUCCUCAUGACAGCCAGGAUCCAGGCUAUUGGUAUUAUGAUGUGGGCGUUUUACCUAAAAGGCGAGUACCAUGCUGUUGAUACCGUGAUGGCAAUCUUAGGAACUUGGGUAACUGGAGUGGAUGUGUGGAUGUGUAUAAGAGAGGGUGUGAAGGGAAAGGCUGCGUUCAGGGGCAUUGUGGGUGGGGCGGUAGGAGUGUGGGGACUAAUGGGUAUGACUGCGGUAAGUAUGUCCAUGUCUGUACAGAAAUGGUACUAA